AUGAGGACACUUCUAUGCAUUAAGCACUAUGAGGUUGCUUCAAUUAAGGAAUUGAUGAGUCACAUUAAAAUGGGGACACCUAUAGUUGUGAGAAAAUGGCCAAAGAAAGGAUUGGUGAAGCCUGAUGUGAUAUUUUUUUGGUAAAGGUGUACUUGGGGAAUUCUUUUAUAAUUGGAAUUGUUUAAAGGAUUCCGACCUUAUCAUCGUUAUUGGGAUCAGUCUCUAAGUGGUUUCUAUUGCAGCCAGCUUGGCCAAAUUGGUCCGAAAACUCUCGUAAUUCUAAUAAAUGGAGAGAUUAUUUUUAAAUUUUAGAAAAAUCUAUUACACAAAGAUAUGGUUUUUAAUAGAAUAUCACAUUUUAUAAAGCAAAAAAUUCCUAACAUCCAUUUCUAUUAACAAAUCAAUUAUACACAAGCAAUAAUGCCAGAAGACAAUGUGAUCAGUUUUAGGUCUUAUGUUAUAAAUACAAAUAAUGAAAUUGGGAGAGGAUAGUUUGGGGUUGUUUACAAAUGCUAAGAUUUAGACAACCCGUAACUGAACCUAUGCGCAAAGGUAAUACAAAUAUAAAAUUAAAGAUUGUAAAUUAAGGACUUGAUAAUGAUAAAACCAAAAGGGAAAUAGACUUGAUGAAAAUUAUUAUGAAGAAGGCAAGGGGAAACAAAAAUAUUGUAGGGGUUGAAUAUGUUGAUUUCAAUGAUGAGAGGAUAAUACUCAUACUGGAAAAAUGUCAAUGUGAUCUCCAAUCAAUAAUAAAUAUGAGGAAGGCACGAGAGGGAAAUAAUUUUCUCCCGAAAGAAGCACUCAAUAUCCUAAAACAAAUUCUUAAUGGUUAUAAAUUUCUCCAUGACAAUAACAUUAUACAUAGAGAUCUUAAACCUGCAAACAUAUUAGUCUUAGACGGGGUUUAUAAAGUAUCAAUUGACAAUUACAUUUUAGAUCGCCGACUUGGGAUUGGCUAGAGUCAUUGGACAAAAUGUAGAUAUGACAAGGGUAGGAACACCUAAAUAUAUUGCUCCUUAGUUGCUAUUGAAUUAGACCUUUACAAAUUCAGCUGACAUUUUUUCAGUAACAUUUAUAUCUAUAAUUAAACAGUUAGGCAUCAUUACUUAUGAAUUAAUUUUUGGUGGAUUACCUUAUGUUGCACACAAUAUGAUAUAAGUUAGACAGGCUUUGAGAAAUCUAGAAAAUGUCCCAGUUGUGGUUAAUUAGAAUCAUCCAGGGGUAAUAAUAAUUAAUAUUCUAAGAUGACCUAAGAUUUUGCUACUUUAAUUGAAAGUAUGCUCAAAUUUAAAGAGGAAGACAGAAUCAGUUGGUAAUAAUUAUUUUCACAUCCCCUAAUAUCAGAGGAGAAUGUUCUAGUAAAUUAAGCAAGGUAACCAAUAUUAAUAAAGAUAUAGAGAUUUCCAAGUUUUUAUAAAUUAGGGUGAUUAUAAACUAAUUUAAGGAUAAUAGAAACCAACUGAGAGUCCAGCCAAAGAAUAUUAAUAAGUUCCUCCAAAAACUCUCAACCAAAUACCGAUAUUUAAAGCCCUUGGUUCAUCUCCAUAACUGGCCUGCUAACCCAUAUAUCCAAAUCAUACAAUCCCUCCAAAAAUCCAACAAGGCACAUUUGCUAAUCCCAAAAAAUUUUAAACAGUAACUUCACCUUAGCCUAAUUCUAAUCCAACUUUUCUAAAGCUAACUCUCAAUACAGGAAAUUCACCUGUGGCCAACAUCGGCUAGCCUUUUCUAUUUUAAUAGGUCUAAGCUCAAUCUGAUAAACUAUAUCAAGUAGGAGUUGUUGUAGACUAAGCAUUAAAUUCUUUAGAAAAAUUUGUGUAAUAAUAAUAGAAUAUCUUAGGAACCUAUAAACGUAGUUGAAAUAGGAAUGGUUUGGAUUGAGAUUUUACCUUCAUUGCUACUCUUAAUGUUUCUUUGAACAUGCAAAGGUUUAGAAAACAUAAAGUGAAAAUAAUAAUAAUCCUCAAUAACAAAUGUUUUACACACUUGCCAAAGUUGAAUAGGCAUUAGAGAAACAAAAAAAAUAUCAUUAAGUAAUAUCCCAGGAAUUGGAGCGACAUUAAUUACAUUUAAUUUACCCUCCUAUGCCUAUAGUUCCAGAUUUUAAUAGUUAUCUACAAAAAUUGAAAUUCAUUUUAUAGACUAAAGGUUUGUUCCAAUAUUCACCUGACAAAAAUUAUUUUUUGGAAUAUUUACAGUAAUAGUAUUAAUUGAACUUUUAGAUUUUUAUAUUUUUUUGAAAGACUCAAAGAAUAAUAGGAGCCUUUUGAAGAAAUCUAUUCAAACAUAUCUGAGACAUUUAAGAAUUAAAGAGUCGAAUCCUUCUUAAUAGAUUAUCUUAACAAGAGAUACACCCUAUGA